GUCGGUUAUACGGUUGAGUUUCGUUUCUUUUCGCCAAACAGUGUUACCUAACAUUACUGGAUUAUGUAAAAUUAAUUGUAAUAUCAUGAAAAUAUGACAGUACCAUACAUACCUGGAGAGCAAGUCGGGGUAGGCGAAAAGGGAAUUUCCCUACGGGGAUCAAUAAAGCAUCAUCAUUCCAUUCUUUUAAUAAUUUCAGGAAAAAAAAAACAUCAGAAAGAUAUAUCUUAAGGUUAACUUACAUAUGUGAUGCCUUGCUAUUUAAAUGUUAAAUUUGAAUUAGAUUAUAUCUCUCUCCAUGGUACCAAUUGCGUUCACUUUCAGCGCCCGGUUAUGGCAAAGCAGUAGUUAUCAUGCCAUCUAGUGUUGGAAGUCAUGUACGCCUGAGAUAGGGAGACGAAAAUGCGCAUAUAUUAUCGAUGCAAUGCAUACGUAUGCAUUAAAUUACAAAUAUUCUGUGUAUCAGAAGUGGAACACACAUGAUAUAUGGGGUUUACGUCCUUAUUUGUCAGAAAUGUUUACAUUGAUAAAUAUAGUAUCCAGUCUAGUUUUACUUUUGCAUAAAACCACUCCGGUAUUCUGUUUGUCUGUUGAGAGGUACAUUUCACCCAAUCAGCGCAGUGUUUCUUCCGGGGUCACAAGCGACCAGCCAAUCACGGGCCGGGGCAAAGAUCUUUUUAUUUACUAUUUUUUUGACAGGAGACGCUAAGACGAUCGUGCCUCAUUUCACAGUUUUCCGGCUUUAAUAAAAUAGGGGCUUUAUAGCCGUAGGGGUAGUUUGAUAGGUUGUGUUCAUAAAACCACGCGAAGGCUUAUCGCUGUGCGGUUUAAUCGCCUGUGUUUUUGGUGAUGCGGGGCGGAGGAUGAGCUAACGUUACACACCCCGAAGGUUCAGCAGCUGGGCUAGCCACCCACAGCUGGAUUAGCGCGGUACCUGGUUAGCGCAGGCUAGUUAGCUAAACUGGGACUCGUCAGCUCGCGUAUGGGAUGCAACAUAUUUGGGGCGACGCUCCAGAUUCUCCCUUUGCAACCGGCCGAUUUUCCCUGGUUGAGGAUGCCGAUAGGCUGAACUGAUGGAAUGCCUGUUAAAUGGAUCAUAAACACGUCCGUGUUCAGCCUGAGCAGGGGCAGACACGUGCGGCACCAGCAAGGGCAGCGCCAGGCAUUGCAGUGCUCCUCGCAUUCCAGAGUGUACGUACCACGGAUCCUGAACCAUGACGUCCACGGCCUCCGCUGGUGGCGUAUGGGAGGCACACAGGGCAGAGUGCACAGGGCAUGGGUCUUCAGGGCCUGUCGGCUGCACUACACUCUGGGCCCAGGUGCCCACAUCUCCCCCUUGAGCACCUCAGCAUCCCUCAGCUGUGCUGACCGCAGCCCAGGCAUGUGGCGCCUUAAAAGGACACUGGAUUCUGUUUCCAGGGCUAUCAGCAGUACCCACACUGACCUGCUCUCCCGGAUAUCACACCUGAAAUCUGGCCCCAGGGAAGGGGGUGGAAUCAGAUCAUCAGCAUCAGAAGCUAAAGGCCAGUGCCCUGGAGUGCACACUGUCUCUGAGAAGGCUCAGGGACACCAGGAUGGGAAGGACCCAAAGGAAAGCCCCACCCAAGGCACUGGGAGACCUGGGACGGAAGUGGCAGACUCCAGUCGGGGGGUACCUGCUCCCAGCCAGACACCCUGGCUGUUCCACCCUAGCAAGCUCCCUGUAAACUUAGGCGAGACCUAUAAUUACUUGGCGCACCAUGUCAACGAGUACUUUGGGAAUGUCACAAAACCGGGGACUAUGGAGCCUGGCUGCAAGGACCCGAAAGCGUCCUCUGCCGGCCCGGGCAGAUCUGACCAAAGUGGAGUGGACGCCGUUUCCAGCCUGGGGUCUGCUAAAGACGCCGCGCCUCCCCCCGCCUCUCCUCCCCCCGCCGCGCCUCCCCCCGCCUCUCCUCCAUCCCCGAAGAAGGGCAUUGGCCACUAUCUGUCAUACCCCGGCCCCAGUGUUCAGGCCUUCGUGGGCAGCUAUAUCACCCCCCUCGUGCCGAAGUUUCGUCCCGGCUCCAAAGGUGUGGAGGCAGUGAAAGACGGACCGCCCCCAGCGGAGGAGUCGCUCCCGAAGCAGGCAGACUCGGCGGAAGCAAGAGAGCGGAAGGCGGCUGAGGACAGAGCUAAGCGCCUUCUGCUGCAGAGGGAGAAGAUCAUUGCCAGGGUGAGUGUGGACAACAGGACGAGGGCCCUGGUUCAGGCGCUGCAGAGGGCGUCCGACCUCCGGCUCUGCAUCAGCAGGGUGGAGGACCUGAGCUGCCACCUCUUGGAGUUUCCUGAGACUAGGGGUGUGGCAGUCAAGGAGCAGCUGGUCCCAUGUCUCCUGCGUCUUCGCCAGGCCGGGAAUCCAGCUCUGCAGGCUGCCGUGCGGGAGACACUGGCCCUUGUGGGCUACACUGACCCCGUGAAGGGCCGGGGCGUCCGGCUGCUCUCCAUCGAUGGGGGGGGGACCAGGGGAGUGGUGGCCCUUCGGACCUUGCGCAAACUGGAGGAGCUGACUGGGAAGCCCACUUACCAGCUCUUUGACUACAUCUGUGGAGUGAGUACAGGGGCUAUCCUGGCCUUCAUGCUGGGCGUGUACCAGAUGUCCCUGGAUGAGUGUGAGGAGCUGUACCGCAGGCUGGGCUCUGAGGUGUUCAAGCAGAACGUCAUCGUGGGCACGGUGAAGAUGGGCUGGAGCCACGCUUUCUACGACAGCCAGAUCUGGGAGACCAUCCUCAAGGAGCAGAUGGGGUCGGACCUUAUGGUGGAAACAUCCAGAAACCCUGAGUGUCCCAAGGUGGCUGCAGUGAGCACAAUUGUGAACAGGGGAACGCCAUUGAAGGCAUACGUCUUCCGGAACUACAACCUGCCCCCCGGUGUGCGCUCCCACUACCUGGGAGGCUGUCAGCACAAGCUGUGGCAGGCCAUCAGGGCCUCGUCUGCUGCCCCGGGCUACUUCCAGGAGUUCGUGCUGGGGGACGACCUUCACCAGGAUGGCGGCCUCCUGGUCAACAACCCCACAGCGGUGGCUCUUCACGAGAGUCAGUGUCUCUGGCCCGGGACCCGGCUGCAGUGCGUGGUGUCACUGGGCACCGGCCGGCUGGAGAGCUCCGGUCGCUACAGCGCCACUUACACCAGCCUGAAGACCAAGCUGAGCCACGUCAUUAGCAGUGCCACGGACACUGAAGAGGUUCACACCAUGCUGGAUGCCCUCCUGCCCCCCAACACCUACUUCCGCUUCAGCCCCUACCUGAGGGAGGACAUCCCCCUGGACGAGCGACGCAGGGAGCGUCUGGCACUGCUGCAGGCUGAGAGCCAGAGUUACCUGGAGCGCAAUGAGCACAAACUGCGCAGGGCGGCCAGCGUGCUGCUGGGGGAAAAGAGCGCCCUCCAGAGGCUUGGCGAGAGGGCUGCGCUCAGGGGGGCCAUGCUCCGUGGCAUGAAACGUGUCCCCUUCUUCUCCAGGUCCUGGAGCUCAUGAAGCUGGUUUCACGUCAGACAUCAGUAAUUCUCUAUCAGAGGGAGGACGUUUUUUUUUUUUUAUUGCAAAGCAUGAAAGAAAAUUCUGCCCUCCUCCAUGGCCAGUGAGAUGUUGAUGGGCCGUCAGCCUGUGUCCUGGUCAUCAGGGGCAGGUCAACAAGAAGCGCUCAGAAAUCUGACCACCAAAACAAUGUCAUGGUUAGAGGUGGGAAAUCUACUCAACAGAGCAUUAAAACAGAAAGGGACCCUCUGCUCCAGUGACCCCCCCCUUACCCUCUGCUCCAGUGACACUCCCCCUCCCCCCAUAUCCGGCAUGACAGGGAUUCCUUCUCUGUGUCCAGGGCAAGAUAAGGCAACGUCCUUCCAGGGGUCAUAUCUGAAAUCCCGGAAAUACUGCCUCACCUGCACAGGUCAUACUGUAUGUCUAUUGUCUGUUCAUAUGUCCAUCGAUCCAUUUUCUGUACCGCAUAUCCAGUGCAUGGUCAUCUCGGGGUGCACUGGGCAGCCAGAUAAGGUGACCGAAUAUGAAACAUUUGACUGCAGCUUUGCAUGGAGGCGUGUUUGGCUCCUUGUGGUUACUUAUACCAUUACUGUUUGAAUUUGUUGAUUUCUGCUCCUGUUUGUCACAUUUAUACAAAAAGCUACAUUUUCAUGUGCCGUUUUACCUCAUCAACCUCAUUUUUACUUGCUGUUUCUCUGUGAAUGUACAAACUAUGGCCAGUAUUGCUGGUGUGUGAGAUAAACUGUCAGUUUAACACAAGGUUUCACUGCUACUUGAGGAAGAGCCACUGGUCUGCUGGGUUUUGCUGGUUUUCCAUUUUUAAACACUGCUGACACUUUUUUCAGAAAAUAACGCAGUUUAACCUGAUAGGACAUCUGUAUGCUUUACUAACAUUUUAAUAAUAAAUAUGUGGGGUUACUAAUCUCUACCCUAAGCUAUUCUACAAAAUUCCGGCAACCAGAGAAUAAAAGCCGACUCAUACAAUCCCAAAUGGUCUCCCUGUUACUGAAUAAUGUAAACUGCACUGCCGCUAAAUGUUCUGUAUCGCAAUUAUAACGCUUGGUUUAUUUCCCAGUUUGAGUUUUGCUUUUGUUAUUAGUUUGGAUGAAAGAAUCUUGGAAGCUUAUUGCUGGUUAUUUGUAUGAGAUGAAUUCAUGACUUUUUAAGAGCUUGAGAAUAAGGUCAUGCGUUGUAAUAUAGGCAUGUGCUCUCUGCUGCGAGCUACGGCUAAAUGAAACUGGCCCCAUCCCUCAGAGCAGCAGGAAGACACCAAAAACAAGCCCCCACGUGCAAACAUUACUUUCACCGAGACAUAAUACCGGGCCUCCAGAUAGCCUCCGGAAAAUUCUGCUGCUUUAAACGGCAUGGCCUGAAAUGGCUGAACGUCACCCAUGAAUUUAAGCGGCAGCUGCUAUUUCAUGCAUGCGCUAUAUUGUUCAAUUGGCCAGAUAAUGGAAUGAAAUAAAUUGUUUUCUCACAGCUGUUCCCAGAAAUGAUUGCCUGACCAGAUUGCUGUUCACUGUCUGCUGUCUAUUUAUUAUUAUUAUUAUUAUUAUUAUUAUUAUUAUUAUUAUUAUUAUUACUUUAGCAGUAGCACUGUAAAGAGCGUCUCCCCCCCCCCAGCUGCAGCUAUCUAGUCAGUGAAUCACUUUUCAAAUGAUCCUCUAUUAAAAUUACAUUGAAAUAUUGAGUUUGGUUGUUGCCUCUUGCUGAUUCUCUGGCCUCUUUGUAACAGAUUACUGGGGUCAAAGAAGUCAGAUGUUCAGAUCAAGUGGUUCAUCAGAUUAACAGCUAUAUAAAAGUAAUGCUUAUUAGCGUGGAAGUAAUGUACUCAGAAUGAAGAAAAUGUACAUUUUUUAAGGUUGCAUUAAUUUUAAUCUGCUGCUUCUUGUACUAUAACCCCAGUGUUUCCCUUAUGAAGUCCUCACAGAAGGACUGCGAGUGUAGAUUACGGAAAUGUGGGUUGCUGUCAUGGAAAGCAGAGGAAAGGAUUGUGUAAUUGUUGGUGUGCAUGCUUUGCAUUCUCAUUUGCACAGUGUAUUGGACCCCGAGGAUGAAUUGUACUAUUGUUCCCAUUUUGGUGUUUCAUGGUUGUUUAAACCCUGGGAUAUAAAAUGAUACAAACACA